AUGCCUACCUGGCAGAGGUGUCGGUCGUGCUCCACGUGGGAAAGCAUGAAAGAGAAGCACAAAUCGGUAAGUUUCCAAGACUUUUUCUUCAAACCGUUUGAAUUUGUUUCUUUUAACGGCUGCGAAGCUGAAAAUAUUACCUAUUUUCAGUUUCACAUGCAGUUUAAAGAAAUACAAACUUACAAGUUGUUGAGACAUUUCAUCGUACAAAGACGCUUAGGCGUAAGGGUAGAUCGCCGUACGCAUCACAGAGAAGUUGAAAAGUUGUACCACCUCCUUGGACCCCACUCCCAUCUAACACAUUUGUUCCCCGUCAAAAAACCCAAAAAUCCUACUCCCGACCCCGAAGGCAGUCCCACUCCAGUGCCCCCGGAGAGCAAGCUCUCCACUGCCGUUCCCGAGGCCUUCCCCUCAGUACCAGUAGAGGUCCCAGCCACUCCAGUGGCUGGGCCUCGGGCUGGGCCCUCUACUGAUACUAGGGUGGAAGGCAGUCCCGAAGGUCAAGUUAAUGUCUUUGGUGACUCUGACAGUGAAGAAUCCGAGAUAAACGUCCCUGUCAGAUUCACCAAAAGGGCAUUAAUUUCCCCUUCACCCUCACCCUUCCUAGCAGGUCCUGCCUUGGAGGGUUCAGACGAAACAGAAACCCAGGAAAAUGUUCAGGUUCUUUCUGAACCUUCCAAGGCCGGACCUGUUAGGAAGAAGCGUCGCACCGCUCUUCAACUUCUCUGGGAGCGUCAGAGAAGUUGGGAGAGAGAUGGUUGGAUGAAAAAAUUGAUAUUAAAAGACAUGUUACCAGGGGCAGCUCCUACAAGACAAACCCAACGUAAAAUUUCCAGAGCUGGAUGUAAAAUUACGGAUGUAACGCAAGAAGAAAUUGAGAAAAGACUGUUGGUUUCUAAAUAA